AUGCAUCGUCUCAAAACUUCCGCUACCCUCUGGCGAGUGCCACGAGCUUUGCCAUGCUCCAUCCCGCGCCGUAACUUCAUAGCUGCUGCUAGUAGGCUCAAUAGCCUCGUAGAGCCGGAAUCUCACGACAAAUUGGAAACUGGUACCCCAAGAAUCGAGAAUCCACUGCCCAUAAUACAGGAAUCCAGCAAGCCGAAGGGCGAUGUGCAAAACUCCACCCCUGAGGUGUUUAACAGAAGCAACCGUGCGGGUGGCAUGAUCCAAAGAGUGGGCAAAAAAGAGUCGGUCUGGGUCGGAAAGGAGGAAUUGUACUUGCACGUCGACAAAGGCACAACGCUUAGACUUCCAUAUACUUACCUGCGCGAUUCAUGCCAGUGUGGAGUAUGCAGGGAUCAGCACUCGAAGGCACGCUCAUUCCGCACAAGUGACAUUCCGAAGGACGUUUAUCCUAGCUGGGUCAACUGGGAUGGAAAGAAGCUUUCAGUCAGGUGGGCCAACGACAUUGGGGGGCCACAGACGCUGCACGAAUCAACCUGGGACCGUCACUUCCUAAAGAAACCCAUUCUCAACACUCAUCGUCAGGAUGCGAACCAGAACUCCAAACCGAUCCUGUGGGGACGGGCUCAAAUGGAAAGAAGCCAACAUUGGGUUUCUUACUCGGACUAUAUCGGUGAUGAUAUCAAAUUUGCCACGGCAAUGCGGCAGCUACAGCGCCUAGGCCUUAUUUUCGUGAAGGAUAUUCCAGACUCACGAUCGAUGGUGGAAGCCAUUGCAACGCGCAUGGGACCCCUGCGAAACAGCUUCUAUGGAUUAACAUUCGACGUCCGUACCAUUCCACAGGCGACAAAUGUAGCAUAUACAAACCAGUUCCUUGGAUUCCAUAUGGAUUUGAUGUAUAUGAACGAACCUCCGGGAUACCAACUCCUCCAUUGUCUGGAGAACUCAUGUUCGGGGGGCGAGUCGAUGUUCGCAGACACAUUUUCAACUGCAAAACUCAUGAAUGACCUGCACCCAGAACAUUAUAAAGUGCUUCGCGAGCAGAAGCUGGGAUACGAGUAUAGGCAUGAGGCAAAUAUCUAUUACCAUGAACGACCCGUUUUUGAGCAUGAUUCUAGCACAGGCGACCUGCGCCAUGUCAAUUACUCGCCGCCCUUCCAGUCUCCCCUCCCACCACACGACGGGAAAUCCCAUGAUGCCGUGUCCGUGAAUAAGCUACGAGACGCCCUAGCAACGUUCACUUCAAUUAUUGACAACCCGAGGCACAGCUUUGAGCUCAAGCUCAGUGCUGGCGAUUGUGUCAUCUUUGAUAACAGACGAAUUGUCCAUGCCCGCCGCCAGUUCAAUGCCAGCACGGGAUCUCGCUGGUUAGCAGGCGCGUAUGUCGAUACAGAUGCUCUGCUAUCCCGGUUUGCGGUCUGUAAGCAGAACCAUCCAUCCGUUUGGACAAAACCGGCCAAGAAAAACCUGGCGGCCAACAGCAAAGACGAUGAUAAGGAAAGAAGCGAAACGUAA